UCAAUAACAAUGGCUCGCAUUUGACGGGAGGAACCGGUGCUGAAAUCGAACAAGACUGUUGCUGCGUCAUAUCCGCUGGACGAUCCCAAAGGUGUCCGUCCUAAACAGUUCCGCUGUUGUUUUGGAAGAAAUAGAAGACAGUUUCAAACUGUGGAAACAUAUUCAGGGAACAGCCAUGUUAAGCUUUUUUGGUCUUCGAAAAGAUUCAAAGAAGUCACAGUCAGAGAAAGAAAGUGAAGGAGGCUUUGUUAUCAUUGGAGAAACCGUAGAAGAGCAACAGCACAAGAAGAGAUCGGCAAACUUCAUACAUCGGUCCACAAACGUGAUUGUGGUGCCUGCAAAGCCGUCCUGUUCAGCUCUCACCAAAACGUCUCCAACAGCAACUCAGACCCGACCCGCACCAGUGGAGGAGGAGGCAGUGGCUCUACCAGACCUCCUUAAGGAUGUCCCAUUCACCUUGGCCCCUCAUGUCAAAGCCAUCCAGAUGAGGUGUUCCGUCCCCUGUUUGCUGGAAAUAGAGGAUAUGAAGUGCAAUGUAUCUCAUUUUCACUACGAGUUCACAUUAGAGAAUUCUGUGCUGCAAAAUGCCUAACAAGCACAGCAUCAGAGCUGAUGCUUCUAUAAAAUAACUUAUUUUAACUUGUCAGUUUUUAAUUUAUAAUUUCUAAAUGAUAAAUGACCAAUUAGACAAGACGGAUGAAACAACAGCAACAGAAGUACAGAGUCAACUGGCAAAGUCUCAGUAUAUGGGCAAUUCAAUCAAUGUAAUCCAUAUAUAAGGAUCUGAUCAUCCAAGAAUGUUGUGCCGGCAAUCAGAAGCUAGACAAGGCAAACUGACAGGGGGGAAGAGUCUGAUUUGUAUGCACAGGGGCUGGAUAGUGAGAUAGAGGUGCGUCAUUAAGGAAAUUGACUGCUGUGGGAAAAUGGCAAGCAGAAAAAGUCAACGGCGAAACAACAUGCAAGGUUAUGAAAGUAAAAUCGGAACUGAACGUAGCAAAGAGACAGACACAACCCUGACAAGCAACAGUUUCCACUCAACAAUCACUGCUGUUCUAAUCAUAAUAAAGAUCUGACAUAUA